CGCAGUACAGACUCAGUACAUGUAGUGUGUUCAUUUGGUUUGAUUACACGGCCGGGUAGUAAUGGAACAGGAAGGUUGUGUGGUGUUUGAGCAGGUCAUUUUGGAUAGCGUUUUGUCACGAGCUCGUGCUAGUUCUGCGGGGAAGUGAAGACUCCUUGCGCGCGGCCAUCGCCGGACCGCGGAGUAGGAGGACCCGCUAUCCACUGCCAGCUGCAUUGUGGAACUUCGGCAGUGAUGGCAGCAGUGAACGUUUCCGAGCUCCUUCGGUACGCUAGCGAGGAUAAAGUGAAGGAUCUAAAAGCAGCAAUAGUUAAGGGUGGUGUUCUCAAAAAGGAAAUCAAACUCCAAGAGGAUGCCAGGGGAGAUCCAUUGUUGGCAAAGUUGCUGAGGAGUGCCUGCAGAAGAAAUGCUACUUCUGUUGUCAAGUUCCUGGUAAACAUUGUUGGCAGGAACGUGCUGAACGGUGCAGGGGAGGAUGAAAGGACACCACUUCACUAUGCCACUAUUGGGAACAAGGCCGACUGCGUUCUGCGUCUACUGCAUGCCGGAGCUAACCCAGAUCAACCCGAUAAACGGGGAAAGGCACCACUUCACCAUGCCGUUGCGCGGGGCCAUAUCGACUGUAUGCGACAUCUACUGGACACCAAAGCCAAUCCAAACCAACCUGACAAGGAUGAAAGGACACCACUUUACUAUGCCACUAUUGGGAACAAGGCUGACUGCGUUCUGCAUCUACUGCAAGCUGGAGCUCAUCCUGAUCAGCCCGAUGAACGGGGAAAGGCACCACUUCACUAUGCCAUUGAGAUGGGUCACAUCGACUGCAUGCGGUAUCUACUGGACAGCAAUGCCAAUCCAAACCAACCUGACCUAUCGGGAAAGACACCACUUCACUAUACCACUGAUUUGGGUCACAUGGACUUAAUGCAGCAUCUACUACUGGACAGGGAAGCCAAUCCAAACCUACCUGACAAGAAUGGCGACACGCCAUUGGACUUUGCGGUGAAGCAGAAUAGACAGAAUGUUGUGAAGUAUCUAAUCUCCUACGUACUGCGUAAAACAACAAAGGAUCAGUGUCGGACGUUACUUGUACAAGCUUACAUCAAGUCUGGUGAAGGUUGCCUACCAGUACUACAGGACGGCAUCAUGGAUUGCCUAGUUGGUGUGCACAUUAGUCAAGAAGACAUGGAUGCUUGGACUGAGUUACUCGGAAGACAAUCUGAACGUCAAACUUGGAUGCUCGCCCAGAGAGCUAUUACCAUUCGGAAAGAACUACCUCCACCGCUUCUGGUGAGUUCAGGGCCAAUGUUGUGAGUAGUGACAGUACUCCCACUCCCUCUGUAACCCACAUAGUUUCUGGACGUCAUUGAGGUGCAUUUCCUUUCUUGAUCCAUGUAGUAACAGAAAGAGAA